AUGCGUAUUGCAUUAUUGUUUGCAGCAUAUGCUGGUAUAGUUCUGGCCUUAGACAAUGAAAGUACUGAUAAUGGAAAUGUAGUAAAUCGUGGUACAUUCCCUUAUAUGGCAUUUUUGUACUAUCCGGAUGAUUCCGUCGUUGAUGAAAAAGGUGUCAGGAUUACCAAGAGUGCAGUAUUAAUUCAAGAAAACUGGCUAAUAUCUUCUAGUUUUGUGGAUGCAAACACUUCUAAUGAUUUUCCUAAGAAAACUCUUUUGGCAAGGCUUGGCGCUAUUAGCAUUGAUAACAAUUUUACUCUAAACGAAGAUGAAAAUGAGCAAGAGCGCGAAAUCAUUCAAAUAGCACGUCCUUAUAAUUUUAAUACGACACUAUGGUGGUACUCUGAUAUUUCUUUACUCAAAACCUUAUUACCUUUUGUAACAACACCAACAGUUUCCGUAGUACCAACAAUAUCCAAAAAUAGUGACUUAUUUGAAAUGUCUUGUUAUGUACUUCUGUAUGUACGUAUUGCUAAUACAACUGCCGAAAGGACUCUAAUGAAAAGCACAGUUGAUCUUUUGGAAGCUUCGUUGGACAAAUGUGGAAGUAACUUUAAAAAUGAUACCAUGUUUUGUGCCGCACCUAGUGAUGAAAAAUCUGCCAUCUUCAAUGAUUCAAAUUUCUGUGAGGGUAACAGGGGUGGACCACUUUUGUGUGACAAUGAAUUAACUGGAAUACAAACAUACAUUAAUGAUUGCCAACAGCCUUACCUAUACCAGCGUUUGAGUGCUUGGGAAAAUUUACUAUCUUGUGCUGUACAAGAAAAAUGUCUCGAGGAGCAAUGCUCUACGAUUUGUUUUUUGAUAAACAAAGAUACUACGACACUGAUGGCUGUAACUACCGAUAAAGAUAAUGAUGUUAUGUUCGAUAAUGAAUUUAAAAAUAAUGCUAGUACAACUAAUACUGAUACAUCUAUCAUACCAACACUUACUACUACCAUUACUACUGUUACUACUACUACUACAGAAGCAACUACUGUAAAAGACACAACAUUAUCAACGACAAUUGUAACAAAAUCUAAACGACCUGCUGGUAAGAAGGCUACUUUAACACAUAAGACGCCUAGAAUAGUUGAAUAUACUGCAUCUGUAACAACAGAAAUUGUAGAUACUGAUAAUGAAGAUAUAGCAGUGCGUAAGACUGUUGUUCAAGCUCAAAAUCACAAACUACAUAGUAAGGCAUCAUUUAAAAUAUUUAACUUGAUACCAUACUUCACGUCAGUUACCCUAAUAAUAAUGUACUUUACA